GUUGCAAGGUCGCCAACUCCACCGGUGAUUCGUCCCUCAGGGUUGCCUAAUCGGAGGCGCCGCUUGCCACGACGCUAUCGUGAUGACCUUCCCCCCAUUCCUAACUCUGCACCAGCUCUGCAGCACGAACCGAUGGUUGAUGAUGGUCCAAUCGAGCCUUACAUACCUCGAGCUGCAGGUGAAACCGAAUAUGUUACUACGGAGCCUGAUUCAUACGGCCUUUUUCACUCAUAUCCCAAUCACUUCCCAACCUAUAAUCCCGACAAUCUCACCUCAAUCUCACAUGUAUCAGAUUCUACUCAUUUCGUGCAUACAGCAGACCAGACAGGCGCACGUCCAUGGUGGUCUGGGUUCAGCUCCUCCAUCACAUCAGUAAAGGACAACUUCUUCGUACCGUUCUUGAACGCCACUGUCUUUCGUCUGAUGUGCUGGUUUUAUAGUGGGUCAAACAUGAAGUCACUAGCGGAGCUUGACCGUCUCGUGGAUAACGUCAUUCUCGCUGAGGACUUUGAUAAGACUCAUCUUACUGGAUUUCGAGCCGUGAAAGAGGUGGAUCAUCUAGAUAACUACCAGGGGGACCCUGCGGACAUCCGUUCGUCAUUCCUGGGUACAGAUGGAUGGAUAGAGACGUCAGUCAAAAUUCAACUACCAGCUGAUGGUGUCCAGCACACAUCAGAAACAUCGUCACCGGAAUUCGAGGUCCCUGGACUAUUCUACCGUCGUCUGCUUGAGGUCAUCAAGUCUGCAUUUCGUGAGGUGUCUGCAGAGCGAUUCCAUCUAACUCCAUUUUAA